AUGUUGUCAGCAGCAAAUCACCUUGGAUCAAGUCGCACUUUACAAUUUAGUUGGAUCCCUUCGCACAGUGGCAUCAAAGGAAACGAAACAGCGGACAAACUGGCUAAAAUGGGCAGCAGAUCUUCGUGUCAUUACUCAUUCGACAGAAUUCCUCAAUCCACAUUGAAGAAUCGCCUUCGGGCCUUUGCCGAGGCCCUUUGGCAACAAGAGUGGUCUUCUGCUAAUACGGGAAGAAACUGCUUUGAAUUUAUCCCGAAUAUCCUCACUAGGAAGAACGCCAAGCACUACACUCCAGAAGCGGACACUUCUCAAAUCCUAACCGGUCAUGGUAACUUUCCUGUCUACCUUCACCGGUUCGGGAAAGCUAACAACAGCAACUGUACGUGCUCAACACAAUCCAUCGGAGACGCGCUACACCUAGCGUUCCAUUGCCCUAACUUCGACCACCUACGGCUAGGACUAAUCACCAACUGCCUAAAGAAAGGACUAACUUGGCCACCCGAACCAGCAGACUUAUUUCAGGACAGAGAACUCUGGAAAGACUUUACCAACUUCCUCAGCAGGACCAAAGCCCUCAUCUCCUACCCACAACAGAACGCCAGCGUACCUGAAGAACACUUCAGUGGACGUACAGAAUCCAGUGCGACAGAUCAAACUUUGUCGCUGACCGAUACUUUUGCUUAA